AUGACCAGAGGAAACAGCAACCGGCUAGAAUUCGAACUGGAUCAGCCUGAUAUCGUACUGCGGGGUAUGAUCGAUGACGCCCCAGGCACGCUUUUCUCAGGACGACUGGUCGUGAACCUGAUAGAGCCGAUUCGCGUUAAGGGACUCAAGGUGGUUCUUGAGGGCCAUGAGCGUCUUGAAUGGGAAUAUCAGAGCAACGGCAUUGCAUCAACAGUGUUCCACCGCGAAAGCACACCAAUCACGCAUAAAUGGACGUUCUUCACAACCAGCGAUGGGAGAAAGGCAGAGACAUGGGAAGCUGGCCGUCACGAAUUCCCCUUCUCUGUCGUCUUCCCAGGCAAUAUGCCUGAGACAAUCACUCUGCCGUACGCCAAAGUAUCCUACCAGCUCAAAGCCACGCUCCGGCGCACAGGCAUCAUGGCAAAUCUCUCCACACAACAGGAGCUCUCAGUGAAGCGCGACUUGAACAUUGACCGGAGCUUCGGCACCGGCGCUAUCGACGUUGAGAACCGGUGGCGGAAUGACCUCGAGUUCCGGGUAAUUUCAGACGCCGACACGUUUACGCCGGGAGAUCAACUGAAGGCGCACUUUACGUUCCAGCCGCUGGUCAAGCAUAUUCACUUGAUCAAGAUCGGCGCUGUGCUGAAGGAGUAUGUCAGAUGCCAUACACCCUUGGGCGAGGCCGAGAAGACUGUGUCAAGGGUGGCAGCGUCGGUGGAGGUUGUGGCCAAAGGUGAUGAAAGGCUGGAGGAGAGCGUACUGGGCAGACGGCAGUCUGUGGUUGUCGCCGGGCGGUCAAUGGCGCCAUCCCCAGGAUUUUCCCGUACUGGCAGCGGCGUCGACCUGACGCACGCCAUCGAGGAGCACCUGCAGCUGGCCAUUCCCGCCGACCCCAAGCGGCUGCAAUGCGACCAUCUGUCGUCGUACAUUGAAGUCACGCAUAAGAUUAAGUUCUCCAUCCAUUUCCGCGACAACGAAGGCCGUCCGCGCACACUCUGGGUCAGCGUGCCGAUCUCCAUAGUGCCGACGAUCCUGGACACAGCGCACGGUCCAUGCGCCGAGCUCCCCACGUACGCUAAUGCGGCAAUGGACCAGCGCAUUGCCGUGUCCUCGCUCGACCCCGGACCACCCACCUACGACGUGGCCAUCUCCGAGUCUCUCUCGCGCGCCUCUUCCUCGAUUUUGUCCGAAUCAACCGAAGGUAUUACGCCCACGGAUAGCUCGAGUGUAUCUGUACAUAGCGACGAGAUGGCUGCUAAUGAGGACCCUGUAGGGCAUGCGCCUAGGGAUAGGCGCGCGAGCGUGGUUAUCCACACGGUUGAUGAGAGUCGUCCGCUGGUGCACCCCACUGCGCUGCAUAAUUUCCUGCGCCGCCCUAUUGUAUUUCCCGCUUCGGCCGAGGUUACGCCGUUGCCUACCCCGUAUGCGUCGCCGGUGGGGUCUCCGCAGCUCAAGUCAUCUGACGAGUCAUUUUCCCACCCCACGCAUACUAGCUUGUAUUCUGUCCUGUCUCGCAGGACCUAA